GUAAACCGGAACCCUCGCGUUUCCCCGCGAUGUCUCUCCGAGAUAAUUUGCUGUGAACACUGCACUAUAAAGGUCUCUCGCCGGAAAUGUGUCGUCCUCUUCUAGUGAUCCAACAUGGCGGAACAGGGUGAGAAGAAGGAGAACCCCAUGCGAGAGCUUCGCAUUCGCAAGCUCUGCCUAAACAUCUGCGUCGGUGAGAGCGGAGACAGACUGACCCGUGCUGCUAAGGUGCUGGAGCAGCUCACAGGCCAGACCCCCGUCUUCUCCAAGGCCCGCUACACCGUGCGAUCCUUCGGUAUCCGCAGAAAUGAAAAGAUUGCUGUCCACUGCACCGUCCGUGGAGCCAAAGCAGAGGAGAUCCUGGAGAAAGGACUCAAGGUGCGUGAGUACGAGUUGAGAAAGAACAACUUCUCUGAUACCGGAAACUUCGGCUUUGGUAUCCAGGAGCAUAUUGAUCUGGGCAUCAAGUACGACCCCAGCAUCGGCAUCUACGGACUGGACUUCUACGUGGUUCUGGGCAGACCAGGCUUCAGUAUUGCCGACAAGAAGCGGAAAAAGGGCCGCAUUGGUUUCAGGCACCGCAUCCGCAAAGAGGAGGCCAUGCGCUGGUUCCAGCAGAAAUAUGACGGCAUCAUCCUCCCCGGCAAGUAAAGGACCACCUUUUGAUGUUGUUUGUAUCAAAUAAAUGGGGGAAAAAAAUGA